GCACAAGCUGUCAAAUAUGGUGAUUAGAAGUGCUGUAAUCCGAGGCCCAACGAAGUACCCAGUACUGAUUUUAUACCGGAUCACACUUUGUACACGAGGCUCCUAUGCACCGUCGAAUUACUACUGAAUAAAACUGUGCUGGUUCUCUAAUCAGGCUGAGCUCCGCCACAAUAUCUGAAGUAAGCUGGCAAACCAGGUGAGAUGAUUUGGCAGAUCAUGAUUAGGCGCUAAUGCUUCCUGGUUCACGCGAAACCCCGCCCGAGGGCAGCCAACGCGUCUCAACAAUCCUUUCCUGAUUUCCUGCGACUCUUGAAGCGCUUGUCAGGAGGGAUAGAAGCUCAAUUACCUCUUUGCUCGUUAUCAAGCAAUGGACUUCUUGCGGAAAGCUCUCAAAAUCGGUGGGCACCAACAAAAGAAUCAGAUCCCACCCAGCCCGGAAGAUAAUCAAGCAGAAUCAUCUCGGUCUUCUGCUCAAGUCUCUCCCUCCCUCAGUUUCCCUGCCGGCGUAGAAGUCUGGUAUGAUUGUUGUCAACCUACGGUUGACAUCUGUUUUGUUCACGGCCUGAACGGUCAUCGGUCCAACACUUGGACUGCCGAGGGACAGUCCACCCCCUGGCCCAAGAAACUUCUUCCAGAUUAUGUUUCUGGGGCUCGCAUACUUACGUAUGGCUAUGAUGCCCACGUAGUGCGCCGUUCGGUUGCCAGUCAGAGUGACUUGCGCGAUCAUGCCUUAAACCUUUUGAACGAUUUGACAUCAGAUCGAAACUAUCAUAAUGCUUCGUCUCGCCCGAUCAUCUUUGUCGCUCAUAGUCUAGGGGGCCUGCUUUGCAAACUUGCCAUCCUACAGUCACGAAACGACCCUGACUAUCUAACGGGCAUAUUUGAUUGUACUAAAGGCGUUAUUUUCAUGGGCACGCCCCACAAGGGGUCGUGGAUGGCGACCUUGAGCCUACCUGCGGCUAUUUUUCUUGGCCUGGUCAAGUCUACCACCCAUAGAUUGCUUGAGCUCUUGAAGAAGAACAAUCAGUAUCUCACAGCCAUCCAAUCUGACUUCUGGUCCAUGAUGCGAAAAGAGCGAGAGCGCGGUAGACGCCUAGAAGCUACAUGCUUUUAUGAAGAGCUCCCUCUGCCUGGAUUGGGGGUUGUUGUCUUAAAAGAGUCAGCCACGGCUGAUGGCUACAAUCAGAUGGGCAUCCACGCUAAUCAUAACGACAUGGUUAGGUUCAACUCAGCGGAUGAUAAUGGAUUUAAGAGACUUUGCGGGGUGUUAUCGAAGUGGAAGAAUGAUAUUUGUUCGUCGCAAGAACGGCAAAAUAAACGUCAUUACAGUGGCGCAGAUGAGAGGCCUCUGAAAAAACGCCGCACACGCUACAUUGCUCAUCAUGAGGAAAGUGAUGACUCGGACGAAAGCAAAUAUGAGGGAAGCAACGUCUUCGAUGAGACCGAUUGUAGCGAAGACGAUUCUACGGAGCAACCCACUCAAAAUUCUCUGGAGAUGAUUAGCUCCGAGCAUGACGGUGGCGACGAAAGCGACACCAGUGAUGAGAAUCAUGGAGUUUCUCAAGAUACAGGUGCAGAUGAUGAAGAGGAUAUCUUCGAUGACUUCGCCCCGUUUU